AUGACGCAGAGAGGAGUCGACGAAGAGCGCAUGAAAGGAGAGAAAUUGAAGAUCGUCAAUCGAAGUGUCUGGAACUCACUUCCUCAAAUCGCUCCCGGAUCAUCCUUCUCGAGUAAAUUUGGGGAGGUUCUAUUUUUGAUGUCGGGAAUCCAGCCGAUUCACUUCAAGCAGCAUAUCUACAAAGACGAGAAGAAGAUGAUAGACAUGUUCAAGGCUACAAUGUCCGAAAACAAACUAGAAAAGGAAGAAACGAAAGCGAUUGCUCGAUAUCUACAUCUUUUCUCACGCGGCCAGAUCUCGGCUCUCUCUGCUGCUCUCAAAUUGAAUAAAGACCUCUACACAAAACCCGAGGAUUUGCCGGCAUCGACUUCCGACAUCGCCGAGAUCUUCAAUGAGCCGCCUCCAAAACAACUUCCUCAAUCAAGUCGCGACUCUGAUGAUGAGUACUCGUGCGACUUCAUCAUAAAGAAAUGUAAAAAGAAGUCUUUUUACGAACGACAAAAAUCGAAGGCGACAGUUACGAUCAACAUCGGCCAUGCCCUGCUAGUGACCUUGUUUUUUGAUGCUGACUCACUCGACGAGAAAAACUUGGAACUUCUGCCUAGAUACUUCGUCGUGUAUGAGAGCUUUUCGGAUGAAGAUGAUGAAGUGACCAUUGUUUUCGAGGGUUUCAGAAACUUUUACGAAAACAACCAAGGCAUAGCGGGGAUGAAGAAAAAAAUGGAUGAACUCAAAAAGAAGAAGGAUUCAUUCAAGUUGUUUCCAUUUGAUGAUAUAGUCGGAAAAUUCUCGCCCUAUCUCAAAGAUUCCAAAAAUGCAGCAAAGUUUGAAAAGCUGCGCAAUCUCUACAGACCGAUGGUAUCCGCAGAUCACCGUGUUUUUCAAUCAUCCGCGACGAAAUUCGGUGACCUUCCGGAAAACCACCGAUGGACGCAAAAAGGAUUCAAAACCGCGAUGGAAAAAAGCGUCGAAUGGUACCAGCAGCACAUUUUAGGAGGAAAACGCUUCAUGACCAUGGGGACAGAACGCACAACUGUCGAGAAACAAAAUGACCGAUUGAAAGAAUUAGAAGACUUCGAAGUGGCUGCAGAACCGAUAGCCAAGAAAAAGAAAACACUGCCGAGGGAGUAG